UGAAAUCUAAUCUUUAGAUCUGAAGAUUCUAGAUCUAACAAUAACAUUAACUAGGUCUAGAGUCUAGAUCAAUAGAUCUAUAACUAAGUUUAAUUUAGUGACACUGACUGACUUCACUGACAGUUUAGACUUUAGUCUAAAAAUCCAAGUGUAACAAAUUAAUGUAAGUUUCUGAUCAACAAACAUGGGAAGUACACCAGAUGAGGGUUCUAGUGUAGAUGGUGAAGAACAACUUAAUGAUGAGCUUGAUGGUUUCCUCAGCGCAAUCAGAACAAAACUGAAAAAGUUUGCUUGUGGCUUCAGCUCUCUUUCUCCAACCACAUCACCCCCUGAGUCUGCAGACUUCUCCGGAAGAACUGCUUUAAACAGUUCCACUACAAAACUGAGGACUGUGAAAGUGAUGCUGGCUGAAGAAGACAGUGAUGUUUAUAACUUUGAUUAUCCAAAGAGAGGAUUAGCUCUUAUUGUCAACAAUGAAAACUUCAGUGCUUCUAAAGAUUUCAGCAAUAGGCUAGGCUCAGAUUAUGAUGCUAAAUCAUUAACAGACACAUUUAGCAGACUGGGAUUUGAGGUUAUGCUUGAAAAUAAUUUAACCUCGAAAAGAAUGGCCUUGUUAUUCCCUUUAGUUUCCAAAAACUAUGAUCAUUCAAACGCUGACUGCUUUGUGUGUGUAGUGCUGACCCAUGGAGAUCAGGCUUGGUUAGAAAGAGAAUACUGUAAGACCAAGGAAAGAUAUGACUUGUUGUUUGGGGUGGAUGGUAAUCCCAUAGCGACCAAAGCUGUAGUUGAAGCAUUCAAUGAUGAAAAUUGUCCAAAUUUGAAAGGCAAGCCCCGUAUGUUCUUUUUUCAGGCUUGCAGAGGCUCAAAACUUGAUGAUGGAACAGAUAUUCGAAUAGUCAGGGAUCAAUACACAUACAAUGGCACCUCUGUUUUGAGCAGCACUGCGUCCUCUACAGUUUCUGUUGAUGGAGCUGGUCAACUAGAGAGCACACAUGGCAUGGGAGAAACUGAUUCUAAACUUGAGACUUUCAGAGAUGUAGAGAAUGAUCAAAGUGAUGCCCCCCCUUGGUCUGUUAUGCGGAACAUCCCAGUCAGCCCCGCACCUUUGUACAAAGACUGUCUUGUUAUGUACGCUACACCUCCUGGUUAUUACGCCUGGAGGAGGAGAACUGGAGCUUGGUUUAUUCAGUCUCUUUGUAUGAUUCUAAGCCACUCUGGUCUUGGUGCCAUGUCCUUCCUCAAAGCCUUGGUGCUGGUCAGCAAGAAUGUAGCUUUUAAUUAUACGUCUGAUAACCCAGCGAAGCCAUCAAUGGAUGCUAAGAAAGUGGUGCCAGUCAUUCAGUCCAUGUUAGUCAAAGAUAUUUUUAUGACAGCCAAAAAGUUGAAGUAAAUGACCAUUAUAGUGUAUUUUCUUUUGUGUAAGUCUUUUGAGUUGUUCAAGUCUAACCUUUCUUCUUGGUAUCUUUGGUUAAUGCUAUAAUAAUGAACUUCCAUUGAAAUUUAAGAUCAAUCUAAAGCAACAUUGUAAUAAUGUUUUAUUGUCAUUAUUAAUUCCAACUAAAACUCAAGAAAUACAAACAACUAUCUCAAGGAAGUUCUAAAUCAAAUACAUUUUAGAAAGCCUAAAUGUCACUCAUUUAUUCAUUGUAAUCAAAACCAAUUUCAGUAAUGUUUCAGCUUUUCUCAAAUGUCUCUUUUACUAAAUGGCAUCCAAUUGUAUACCAGAAUGUAAUCUUAUAUUUUGAAUUGGCAAUUUUAUUGUUUGGCAAUAAGCUAGAUCUUCUCAACCUGGUGUUCUAAACUUGUAUAUCUUGGCAGUACUGGAAAUAACUUUGAAUCAAAACUAUUAGGACAUUUUUGUAUUCUAAUUUUAUAGCAAAACAAUUUAAUAAGCUUCUGUUUAUUUCCUUUUUCCAUCUUAUGUGCCAUUAUUGUCUGGUUUAUUGUAGUUUUUGUGAUGGAGAAAUGACAUUUCAAAAUAUUACAUGUUACAUUACAUGUGUUAAAUUUUAGUAUGUCAUGACAGAUAAUUACAAUAUCUCUAAAAGUCAAUUUUUUAAGCAAAAACUUGUGAAAAAAAUGCCUGAUAAGCUCUACUAAUAUUUCUUAUUAAAUAUUAAUGAUUCAAAUUUAAAAAAAAAUUGUUGGCAGCAGUCAGUAAAACAUGUAAAAAUUGUAUAUUAGCUAUUAAGUUGAAUGCACUAUGCAGGAAACAUUGUGAGAUGUGAAUGUAAAUUAGUUAAAUUACAGUUAUUUAUUUAUUUAUUCAUAUCACCUAGAUGUUACUGCAGCACUGAUUUUAUUAUAGAUAAUUGUAUAUAUAUUUGUUUUUGUUUUUUUUACACUGACUUUUUGUUGAUAUUAUAUUUUAUUGUGAGUUCUAUAGAUCACAAUAUUUUUAAAGUAUUUGUUUAAUUUUUGAAACACAAUUUUUUAAAAUUUUUUUUUUAGUUUCAAAUGAAACAUGAGGUAAACUAUAUUUUACUUUGUUAUAGCAAUACUUCUUAAUUUUUUUGUUUGAUUGGGGUACUUUAGUUUUUGAGUUAAUUAGUGACUCGGCUGUGUUCUGUAUUCAUUGCAAUUUUGUUUUUAUUUAUCAAGUUUUGUAACUGCCAUUUUUUUUUACUUGAUGUAGAGGACAUUGAAACAAUUUAUAUUACAAAAUUAGAAUCAGGGCUACUCAUUUCAUUAGACUUUCAUUAUUCAAUUCAAUGCAAUUUUUAGCUUUAAAAAAAAAAAUUCUUAGUAAUAUAAUUGAAUGAUUACUUUUGUAUUACUUGUUCAUUAGGUAUGUAUUAAAAUAAAGUACUGAAGAAAAUUGUUAAUGUUAUAACUCAGUUACAUUAAUAUACUUUAUGGGUCUUCUUUUGUGUUAAAUAGAUAUACUUUAUUGGUCUUCUUUGGUGUUACAUAAAUAUAUAUAUAUUUUAUGGGUCUCCUUUGGUGGGAUGAUAGUAAUCCCAAAUCAAAUAGACAGAAAUGUUGAAUUCUGUUAGUUGAGUAUGUGACCCAGCCUCAUAACCAUUUUGUCAUGAAGAUUUGAGGAUCAUAUUUUGAAAGAUCAGAGAAAAAAAAAAAAUUUCCAUCACUGUUUUAAUAUUUACUAUAUUUAAAAUCUCUUGCAACAAAUUUGUUGUAUUAUUGUUUAUUAUUAUUCACAUAAGUAAAAAAUUACUUUCUGUACUAUAUUUAUCUCAGUGUUUCUUUUUCAUUUGAAAUUGUUUUUCUUUAAUUGUCAAAUGUUGAUGGACCAAUGUUACCAAAUUAGAGUUUUGUAGAUUUUUAUCCUUUUCAUAAUAUAAAGAAACAGAGACUGUCAGCUUAAAGCCACAGAAAAAAAAAGCAAAGGUUCAUAUACAAUGCUGCUAGUUAAGUUGAUACACAUUCCACUCAUGUCUUAAAAGCUGCAGGCUAACAUGGUUAUACCUCACAAAUAAGUGUAGAGUGCAACAAGAUAGUCAUUAAUACUUCCUUACAGAUCUAGUGUGUGUUGUAGAGAAGGAACUAAUCUAUUUUUGUAGUACAAUUACUGUCUGUAUCCUAUUUUUAUUGCCUUAAUUUUUAAGGAUUAGUUCAUGGUUACCUUCUAAUCUUAAAAUUGUAUUCUCAUCAAAUGUAAAAACAUUUAUUUGUAUAGAUUAGUGCUUCACAGCAUAGUGUAAUUUCUUUUACAAAAAAAAAUGAGAUUUAAAAAUUUAAUGUUGGUUAUUAAUAAUUAACAUACAAGUAGAGAAAACAUUUUUCUUAAAAUAAAAGGUUUUGAAUAAAUGACAUUCAUGUUA